CCCAGACACAAGAAAUAAGUCCUACAGUACCACAUUAGCACUUAUAUCACUCUAAAGACAGAGUAGAGCACUGUAGAUGUUGGUGUGCUUGGUGAAUAUGGCAUAUAAUCUCUGAAGGGCUUGGUAAUGAAUCUGAUGAUCUUUGUAACAUUUUUGAUUAACUUGCUGCAGUCUGUCCCUUCUCUCUGCAAAAAAAAAAAUCUGUCUUUACUGAUACAGGACUAGGAAAGCGUUUUAAGUGAGCAAAGAUGAUGAUGGUGAGCGAUGACUGUCUGGUGGAGUGUAAGAUUGAUGACAGUGAUGACGAGCAGGUGAACACUCCUCCUCCUCCUCCAGAAUUUGCAUCGAAAGCUUCAACUCCAGCUCCAAAAGACCCAACCCCUCCUGCGAAUUCUCCGAGUCCCGCUCCGACCCGACCUGUCAACAGAGACCCACUUGGCAUCAACCAACACCUUAAGGUGGACGUCAGAGAUGUUCUGGCUGAACCUGCCACUCCUCAUAGCAUAGAUAGUGUCUGGACCUACAGUCUGGUUGGCUUUGAGAAGACUCGCAUCUGGACCUAUCGCUGCCUCUCCUUGCUGUUUGCUGUGCCUCUAGCUUUCCUGUGUGGACUCUUCCUAGCCAUCCUCGCCUGCCUACACGUCUGGUAUGUUCUGACCAAAACACAUUCAAUUCCUCAAUUCCAAAAUAUGAGGUUCAAAUUUCAGAUGUAACAUAAAAAUAACAUCAAACUUAACUCAACCAUGUUCCAUCUCCUAGUAAUGUGGCUGGCUGCUAUUAGCAAAGCAGAGUAAUAAUAUAAGUCUCUGUGUUAUGCAUUUUAUCAACAUGUUCACUAAAUGAGGUUCUAGCAAAUGGUUUCUGAUCUCCUGGCUGGCCUUACGAUUUU